GAUCCCCGAGAGGCCGGCCCAGGAGGCGCCACAUCCGGCGGCUGUCCCGUGGUGCAUAAAGCCGCGGCCGCCGCUGCCACCACCACCACCGUUGGUUUCCAGCAGCAGCUCUGGCCUCCUCUCGGCUGCGGGAGCCCCUGCUCCAAUGCCCCAGAGCGGCCAUGAGUGCCCCGCACUGGUGGGACCAGCUGCGGGCUGGCAGCUCGGAGGUGGACUGGUGCGAGGACAACUACACCAUCGUGCCUGCCAUCGCCGAGUUCUACAACACGAUCAGCAACGUCUUGUUUUUCAUUUUACCGCCCAUCUGCAUGUGCUUGUUUCGACAGUAUGCAACGUGCUUCAACAGUGGCAUCUACUUAAUAUGGACUCUCUUAGUUGUAGUGGGAAUUGGAUCCGUCUACUUCCAUGCAACUCUUAGUUUCCUGGGUCAGAUGCUAGAUGAACUUGCAAUCCUUUGGGUUCUGAUGUGUGCUUUGGCCAUGUGGUUCCCCAGAAGGUAUCUACCGAAGAUCUUUCGCAAUGACAGGGGCAGGUUCAAGGUGGUGGUCUGCGUCCUGUCUGCUGUUACGACGUGCCUGGCGUUUGUCAAGCCCGCCAUCAACAACAUCUCUCUGAUGACCCUGGGGGUUCCCUGCAUGGCGCUGCUCAUUGCUGAGCUAAGGAGGUGUGACAACGUGCGUGUUUUGAAGCUGGGCCUCUUCUCCGGCCUCUGGUGGACCCUCGCCCUCUUCUGCUGGAUCACUGACCGGGCCUUCUGCGAGCUGCUCUCGUCUGUCCACUUCCCCUACCUGCACUGUGUAUGGCACAUCCUCAUUUGCCUUGCUGCCUACCUGGGCUGCGUGUGCUUUGCCUACUUCGAUGCUGCGUCCGAGAUCCCUGAGCAAGGCCCCGUCAUCAAGUUCUGGCCCAGCGAGCGCUGGGCCUUCAUCGGCGUCCCCUACGUGUCCCUUCUGUGCGCCAACAAGAAAUCCUCGGUGAAGAUCACAUGAAUGGCAAGGCGGUGACUGGCCUCCCUGCCCCCUAACCUUCACCUGCCCGCACAGACAGCCAGGGUGGGGCUUUCGCAGAGUUGGGAGUGGGGUCUGUCUUUUUAAAAUUCUAUUCCCUUGGGACCUAACUAGAGUGUCUGUGGACCGCCAGGACUCCACAGUGCCUGGGGGCGAGAAAUGCUUGCCCAGAGCUGGGAAGCGGAUGGCCAAGGGACUCUGGGUGUGUAUUCUGUGUCACCUCCAGCUGCACGUUGGGCUGCGUCCUUUGUGGUGAUGGCAGAGCCGUCCAGUGGAGGACCCCUUGCUGCACAUGCCUUGCUUCCGGGCCCAGCUGUCCCCAUGUGUUCCAGGAGCCAACCCUGCCGUGACAGACACAUCCUGCAUCUGAUGAGACCCUCUGUUGAGUGGAAGAGGUCAGAGCUUUUCAUCUCAGGCCACCGUCCUAAAUCAGAAGCAGACAAAUGGAGGACACACAGGGCUUGUGCCCUAGGAGGCUGGCUUCCCCCUGCAGAGCUCUGUAACCCGAGGUUUACAUACACGUGUGAACCCCUUUCCUGCUACCUCUGCUGAGAGAUGGAGACUUGACUACAGAUCCGGGUGAAGCUCACGUGCAAAACCCUCUAUGCCAAAAAACCACACUCCACUUGAAGCCAUUCUGGAAGAUGAGCACAAUCUUUAAACGCUGACAUGGUUUGCCUCCCCAACCCCACCCCAGCCCAGUAUCCUCAAAUACAAAGAAGAAUAGCUAAGGUGUGAGUGUUCCAUACACAAACUCCUCCCCUCUUACUACUUGACCUCUGUGACCUUCCCAAAGGCCCGUGACAAUCGCGGUAGGGAUCCUGGUUCAAAAUUUGGAGCAAAUGUGAAGUUUGAGAAGUUGUUCUCAUUGGAAGCCUCUUGUCUGCUGUCCUGUUCUGGAAAUUACCGUCAAGAAUCUUGCCUCUUCUUUCUUUGAUAUCUACUGUGGGAAUUAUUCUCGGUGUUCUCACAGGAUGAGGUGCUUCCUGCAGCUUCUCCAGUCAUUUGACCACUUGCUUUUCUUAAGUGCUGGCUGUAAUUAUUCACUGGCUGCUUUGGGUGCAGCAGGGCAAACCUCUUGCCCUCUGAGUUCUCACCUAAAGUCACACUGGCUGCAACUCAUCUCCUCUUCACAGGGCUGAAUGGAAGACCCCACAUGUAUCUUCAAGGUGCAAGGUGGGGAUUCAUGACCUCAGGGAUACUCGUGUUAACUCAGGCAUCUCUUGCUUUGCAACAUUCCAUCACGGGAGCGGGCAGAACAGAUGUGUUCUUCUCAUGUGGGAAGGAAGCAUGUCAGUGUCCUCCGUACUUAAGAAUGGGGCCAUAGCAAUUUUGGCUUGUCUGGGCACUCAGACUCUGGUUAGAACUUGCACAGGAUCAAAAGGUGAAAAGUCCAAGAAGCAACUGAAUUUAGAAAUGAAUGACUUUAUUCUACUUCUGUGGUUUUCAAAUGAUUUUAGCAGAAGAACCCUGUUGGCCGUAAGGCGUCUUGAUGGAGACCUAAUGUGUGAAAUAAGUUGUGUUUUAUUAGCUUAAUUUUAUUUUGACGUUAAGCUUGCAGCAUUUCCUGAAUAAUAUGAAAGGCAGUGAAAUGCAAAGUAACAAAUUGGUGGUUUCCAGGUUAGAAAGUUUUGGUAUGGAAUGAGUGUCCAUGUUGCUUUAUUGUAGUUUAAAAAUCAGUAUUUGAGUUAAAUAUUCAUGGAAUCGUUAACAUAUGAAUAUGAGACCUAGGUGGCUUGUGGAACAGUAUUGGAAAACUGCUCUUUAAGUCCUUUGGGUUUCAAGACUAGAGUUUUCUUUAAAGGGAGCUGUCAGACCAUCCUCUUUUCAGACUGACCCACCAGUCAUGGAUUCUGUUCUCAUCCAUGCUGAAGGAGAAAAAUGCUCUGAGGAGGGAGUUGGUUGUAUUUUAAGCCCAGCUCUUUUAGUGGGAAAAAGUAAAGAGAAGCAGAGUGUAGGUAAUGUUUUGUGUGUGUGAGAUUUAGUUUCUGUCUUGAAAGUUCCUCAGUGAUGGGAGCAUUGUCCCAACCAUCAAGGAGGGACCAUUUCUCCUGAUGAAAUGAAGGGCAUGUUCCUUGGAAACCACCACCUCCAGCCCCAAAGGCUUUGACCUGGCCCACAUGGAAGGUUCUGAAUGACCUUGGAAAUGGGGAUGAAAUGCGACUCUGCUAGAAGUAAAGAAGUAAGUGCCCUAACUUACAGGGCUAUUUCUCUUCUUCUGCAAGACAAAUGACUAAGUUUCAGAAAGAAUGCUUUUGUUAGGAAAAACAGAAUGCCCUUCUAGCACAUGUAUGAGUGUUCAGUCCAGUCAUAUCUGACUCUUUGUGACCCCGCGGACUGCAGCCCGCCAGGCUCCUCUGUCCGUGGGAUUCUCCAGGUGAGAAUACUGCAGUGGGUUCCCAUGCCCUCCUCCAUUGGAUCUUCCUGACCCAGGGAUCAAAGCUGAGUCUCUUAUGUCUCCUGCUUUGGCAGGAGGGUUCUUUACCACUAGCCCCCUUCUAGAGGUUGAUUUUAAUGGGAUGAGGCUGAGAAAAAGUGUGGAAUAGGGUGGGAGUAUUUGAGGAAGACAAGUCUUAACUCUAUGUCUGAACAGAAAUCACUAUGUUUACCAGUGUGGGAUGGUAAAUCAAGAGAGUAGGAAUAUACCAAUCUUACUUCGUUUGGAUUAUGGCAUCAUUCAUAUUUAUAUUUACAUUUAUAGUCAUAAUACUCUUAUAGCACUACAUGCUUUUUAAGGAAAAUGGGGAUAUCACAGAAAAGUUAAAGAGAAGAAAACAAAGUAAUCUAUUUCUACGGCUCAAGGACAACCACUGUUAACAUAUUUUGGCUUAUUUCCUUCUUAUCUUUUUUUCCCUAAUACAGUUGUAAAUAGAUGCCUUUUAGAGCUGACAGUUGAUUUUGUACCUUGAAUAGAAUAUAAAUGCCAGUCAUAUUUUUCCUGAAGAACAGGUUUUGGGAUAUUUGAGAGUUAGCUAUAUUCUUGAGUGUUCAUCACUGGAUUGUAAGACUUAACUACUGAGUCUUCCCUUUUUAAUUAAGCCUAACAUCAAUGGACCCUAAGAAAUAAUGAAUUCUACUUUUUGAUAUGCUUCUGCACUUAGACGGAUGAGUCCUAGAAAAUAGCUGUUAAAUAUAUGGUUGUACAGGUUUUGAUGUAAAGAGUGAAUAGCUUAUUUCAUUCCUUGAUGUGCAAUCAAGAAUCUUUUUAUCCCCCCUGGUCAUUCAGGGAGGUGGAGAUUUGACAGUUAGGAGUUAGGUCAUGACAGUUACUCAGCAUGGCUAUUAGAUAUUUCUUCCGGUGAGGAUUUGCCUAAGAUUGACACCCAGCAGGAACUGGAUUUGGAAUAUUAAAAAACAAAACAUUAAUGUAACCAAGUGAUCAUUUAAGUUAAUGAUUCUUAUUUUAUAGUGUCUGAUUUUUAGAAAAUAUUUCCUCUUAUUAUUUUAAUGUAAAACCAGCACUUCAGUGACUACAUUGCAGGUGUCUGGGGAUAAGAUGCCUGCAUCUGUUUGGUAAUAGGCUACGCUUGUGGGGUGCUGUGUGCCUGUCCCCCCGAAGAAUGCCUGGGAGACAUUCCUUGUGGAUCAGAGAUGUCCUUUUGGGAGACUAAGCAUGAUGGUCAUCAAGCACAGGAUCUGUAAAAAUACCAUCACCUAUGCUAUUUAUUGGAUUUCUCAGGUAUGUAAAAACUUCUCAUUCAUUAUGCUUAUGCGAGCUGGUGCCAUUCUGGAGGCUUCAGAACUGAGGGGUGAGCCUCCCCUGGCUGUUCAUCACUUGGGGCUGAUGUGGAACCAUCUGCCUGGGGGACAGGUGAGCUCGCCUGGCCACAGCCUCUCUCAUAGCUCCUGGCUCCCAAAUGAACCUGGAAGCCCUAAUAGUCAGCUCUUUGCCUGGUUGCUGCUGAUCCAGCUGGUCAAAGAGAAGUCUUGGGCUAGGUUGAGAUUCUCAAUGGACUUUGUAGACUUCAUUUUCCUACAGAUUUUUUAAUGGCCCCUACUUUAAAGAACUCCUUGUUUGAAUCGUAGCUUUCCCUCUUUGUUAAACCAGUUCUGAGAGGAUUUUGUAACCACAGUAUGUAAUUAGAGCAAAUAGAUACAUAUUUUCAGGUAUAUACCUUGUUCUGUACUUUAUAUAGGGUGUUCUGUAUAAGGGUAGUGGGUCCACUGGCUGUGGUAGCAUUUAACCUCUGUUACAUUGGGAGUAACUGAAGGCCUUUUGAGCUUGUGCACUUUAUGCUCUUUUUGUGAACUGACUGUGAUGGCUAUGUUUGCUAUUAAAGCCCUAGGGGGCAUUUUCUGUGAA